CGACAAUUGUGGCUGCAUAAUGGCAAACAGCUCUCCAUGUGGUUUAUGGAGGCGUUUGUAGAAGUUGAUUUUGUAGCACGGUUAAAGAAAUACUCUUAGGGAUUUUAAAAUGAGCAGACUUAAAAGCGGUCUUACAGUACGAAUUAUCAUUUAGCGCAGCAUCUUUCUACGGAUCACAGUCUCAUCAUGGAUGCCUCAGGAUUGGAUUUCCAGUGCAUUUUCGGGCUGUUACGUGCAGGAUCUGCUCCCAGCCUGAGCAGUGAAGAUUUGGCAAGCAGAAUCUCGUCAUGUGUUAGUCAAACAGCAAACACUCCUGCGCCGUCUGUCACACAAACAGACGUCAUGUGUUUGUGUCUCACUCUUACCGAGAGCAUCAUAAGCAGACUGACAGCACAGAGUCUGCCACAAGAUGCCACUGUAUUCUAUGAAGAUGUGACGAAGAGGCUGUUUGGAGAAAUGAAUCUGAUGGCAAAAUUGGUCUCCCUUCUCAGAUCCCAAGACCAGCUAGUGUCUCAUUUAUCUGCAACGUGCAUGUCGGUAUAUAUCAUCAACGACAUUUGCAUCACUGGAGGCAGCAACUGGACGUGGAGACGCACAUGUGCUGAAGUGUUUGAGAAAUCAGUGUCCAGCAGUGAACUGGACUCCUGUCUGUGGUCACUGACCGCUGUGAUUAAAGGAGUGCUGAGAGGAGACACAGGCCCGAAUAAAAGAGAUGUUUUGACUAAGAUUCUUUCUGGUUUGGACUCCUCCAUCACUUCUUUGUACACCAACCUGCUGACUCCAGACACACAGGAACCUCACAAAACAGAGCUGAUGAAUCUUUCUAAAACCAUGUGUGAGUUCUUCGACCUCCUCGAGGUCUUCAACGCUGCCCGGCUCAGAUACGGAGUGUGUUCUUCAGUUCAGAGACUCAUAUUCGCUGAGUCGCGAGCGCUGCUUCACAUCAUGAGAGCUGACGUGGAGUAUUUCGUGAAGAAGCGAGCGCUGCUUUUUCUGAAGAGAAGUCUUCUGCGGAGAGCCGGGGAGGACUGGGCUUCAGCUGAAGUUCACUGUCAAUCACAUGAAGAUCACGGCCUGAUGGAGGACAUGUUGAUCAUGGCAGAUGGAGUGUUACAGGAAGUCACAUCAGGCUGGCUGAAGGAAGUCCCUGUGAAAGCACAAGCCAGUUUCUUUGGUGGGAACUGUGAAGCGAGUCUCAGCGAGACACAGAAGGACGACGUGAUUCUGAGAGGCGUGAGCCUGAUUUUGGUGAAGUCACUAGAAAUAAACAUUCAGUCCCCUCAAUGGAAAGGAUCUCAGAGUGACAUUGAUGUCUGUGGGUAUUUAACAGAGCUCAUGUCGUUCCUCCAGCAUCACGGGUCUCUGGUGUCUCCAGACGCUCACAGCUGCUCAUGGGUGUCUGUAGUGUUUGCUGAACAGGAUGACGACAUGAUGGAAUCAGCCAAGACGUUGAUUGGCUUGUAUCUGUAUCAGAAAAGUUUGAGCUCCUCAGUCUCAGAGGUUUGCGUCUGGGGUUGCAACCCUCACUGUCAUUUCAUACUUCUGCUCCGCUCCCUGUCCUUCGACCACAGUGUCCUGCUUGACUUCCUCAUCUCCUCCGAAACGUGUUUCCUGGAAUACUGCGUCCGCUACCUGAAGCUUCUCCGAGACGACCGGGCGGCCUUCUGUAGGUCUUGUCGUCAUAUUGAAGAUUGUGAUGGCGCUGGAAGAGGAACCGAUCCUCAUGUUCAAGCUCCUUCAGAAACACUGUGUGUUGUUCCCUGCACUAAAUCGUCAACAGGUAACGAUGUCCCACGACUGGUUGAUUAUGGGAGCUCAGACGAAUCCGAGGAGGCGGAAGAGCAUGUUUCUGACAGGAACUCUGGGAACACUCAGGUAGAUUGUAGUAGGACUCAAUCUGUAAUGGAGCUGGAACAAGUUCAGACUGAACAUGCAUCUGAUUCUCUGUUAAGUAAAGUGUUUGUGUGUCUUAAGGACUUGAGGACUGCUGUAACCAGACUACAUAACAGAGGACUCUUCCCCUACAACCCUACCUCACUUUUAAAACUGUUAAACAGCAUUGAAUCCAAAGCAAACACUGUUAGUUAGCUUUGAUUAGAUGAAAGCUAAUCUGUUAUGACCUGCUCAAUUAAUGCAGUGAACAAACAUACGUCACUGAACCAAAAAAUAAGAUUUUCUAAUAGAUAAAUUGAAUAGUUUUAAUAGCUAAAUAUACAAUGAAAUUAUGAAAUAUGACAUGGAAUGUUCCAAAAAAUUAAAAUAUAAUAAAAUGUAAGCAUAAAUAAAUAAACCAUUUAAUGCAUUUAUUUAUUUUUUGAUGUAAAUUGGAAAAGGACACACAAUUAAAUUUUCGUUUCAUUUCAAGCCUUAUUUACAUUUCAAUUUAAUAUUA